UUGUUUCGUGGAGCUGUCAAUUCAGUGCGAUCUACGAGGCGCAACGAUUCGGUCAGCAUGGCGAAUUUAUUGGGAUCUAAAGUUGUUUGGAUUGGGUUUGAAGUGAUUCUAUUGGUGACAGUGAUUGUUCAAGUCGAUGCGGACUUCGGAUUGCGUUACAGAAUCUCCGGAGGGAAAUCGGUCAGGGAUUCAGCUAAAAGCUUGAACGCAGCUAUCGAUACAAUAAACAAAGAUUUGUUGAAGUACCAGUCAAAUCAAACGGAAGUGCUCGAACCGAUCCUGGAGGCUUUCAACAACAUUACUGGGAAUGUUACCACCUUUGGACGAUCGAUUGUAGUGAGUAUCAACAAAGCCGUUAGAGACAGAAGAACACCCGUGGAUGAGUUGUUUGCGAAUCUCAAUUCGGUGUACGCUGGAAUGAGUCGAUAUCUCUCGGAUGAUGUUGAACAGAUUUUGGAACCAAUAAGUUCGAGUUUGGGUGCAAAUUAUACCAAGGAAUUGCAAGAAGUUCUUGGAGAAGUUAAGGGCGCUGUACAGAAUGUCAGUAUCACAUCGUCCAACGUUGGAAAGGCUGUUGCUAGAAUGUCAAGCGUUGGUAGACUUGCUCCCAAUGCUAUCAAUUCUCAAAUUCCAUCGACUCUGACCGAUUCGCUAUCAGAUUCUCUCAUGCAAUUGGAAGCCGGAACGAUGCGCAUGUCUCAAGUGAUGACUCGUAUAAUACGGGACGUUGGAGCAGUUCAGACUUUUGUGAGGAACGUGGUCACUACUGAGGCUGCAACCGAUCCAAGAAUAGCUGGAGCGAUAGCAGCUCUGAGAGAAGACGUCGAAAGAGAGAAAAGUCGAGCCUUAGGCAGAUAUGAAGCAAUGUUAGCAGCUUUGAAAACAGAUCUGAUUCGCGGGACAAACCAGUUGCCUGUAUUUUUCGGGGAUCGACAGCUUCUUAAAUUGGUGGAAAAAUACUCGGAAGAAUACACCAAAAGUUAUUACGUCAUCUACAAUCGAAAAGAAGAAGAUCGAAGCAAAAUUGUCGCUUUUUACGAUAGCAUCCCCGUUGUGCUGAGCCAGUUGGUUGAAGAAUCGAACCACAACAUAUCCGUGGGUCUUCAGCGAAGUGCCCAGCGACUGGUCGACAGAUACGUUAAGGCCGAAACUAAUGGCGAGAGUUGUUUCAACAAAUUUGUCUCUUGGAACAGAUUCCUUUUUCCCUUCCAAGUUGUUCAGGACUGGGGUAUUGCUUGCGCCAAUAAGGAGAGAGUACGUUUGCGAGGCGUUGGAGAUCUGAUGGAUGCCAAGUUGAUUUUGAUCAACUACAAUAGUGGAGAUUUGGCCGCCAGCAUUGGAACUUGUGGCUACCAUUCGGGAUUCACCAAUCCGGAAAUCUACACUCAAGCCAAGUCUUGCCUUCAAACGAACCUCAAAUUCUUCCAAAACUUCAACGAAAUCAUCCUGCAGGAGUUGGUGGAUGUUGAGCAGUUGCUCCAGACGGAAACGGAGGCCACCCGGUUUCGGCUAACGAACUGCUUCAUGACCCGGUCCAAUGAGGCGUCUGCAUUUGUUGAUCAUAUCGACGAUCAGAUCGAUUCCUGUUUGGCCGGUAAUGAUACUGUUAGGGGUCUUCAGGUUGUUGACGCGGUAGAGGAAAUUGAACUGUCAACUCUCAAAUCGGAUAAUUUGGAUGAGUAUGAUGAGCUGGAUACUUCGACGGUUGCUGAAGAUAUGGAUGAACAGGAACCAUGA